AUGACGGGAAAUCUUGAGAUGGUUCAAGCAGUUUUUACACCCAACACGGACGUCAAUAAGGAGGUGCGUUGGCGGGCGCCUAUUUACCUUGCUGCCGAUAGCGGCAACAAGGAUAUCGUGCGCAUACUAUUAGAGUCCCCGAAGCUCCUUCGAAGUGGAGAAAACGAAUCUGCCAUGAUAAGCGCAUUCGAAGACGGCAACUUCGAGAUUGGGUGGAUGAUAUUUGAGCACGCCGACAAACAGGCUCUCGACCUCAAAGAUCUUGUCCCGGAUUGUCUAAAGAUGCUCAUUGACGUGCACGGGGCAAUCGACCAAGUCCGGACUCUUCUCGACAAAGCCACAACGAUAAAAGGCAGCAGCGAGCGCAUGGAAGAAUGGCUACGGAAGGGAAUGGACCAGGCCGUUGAGGCUGGCCAUGAGCAAAUCCUCUGCCUAUUACUAGAAAGAGGCGCAAAGCUGCAAGACUGCUUUAAAAACGUUCACAUGAACACAGUAGUCUCUCUUAACGCCGCAGGCGUGGCUCGAAUGCUGCUGGAUGCAGGCUUCCAGCGGCCAAAGGAGGACUGGUAUAAAGACUUGCAGUGGGCAGCCAAACUCGACAACGCAGACAUUAUCCGCCUGCUCCUCCUACGCAACGUCGUGCAUCUCGACGAAGAUUCAGACCUGGCCAGGCAGUCCAAGGCAAUUAUGAUGGGAUUCGCCUGUGCGUUCGGAAACGUGGAUUUGGUCAGGCUUUACGUCGAGAAAGGAAUCCCCGUCGAUGCACCUUAUUACGAAAGCGUCAUCGACGUUCAACCAAUCGUCGUUGCGGCCGCUUACGGGCAGUCUGUGGUGGAAAGGGCUCUGCUGGAACUCGGUGCUGAGCCUGUGGACCCACUUAGUACUAAGUGGAAAGAACGAUUCACUUCUGGCACUGUCCCUCUCAACUCACUGAAGGAUCAACUGAUACAGAAAAGUGAGAAGAAUGAUCGGGCUUGGCGCAGCUACUGGUGCUGUGGUGUAGAGCUUUGA